AUUUAACCAACUUUCAACAGCCCACUGAACAAGAGGAAACUGCAUCGUCAAUGCAGAUAUUGAUCAGAUGAGGUUAAUCAUUGACCUGAAUCCCGAGAGUGUAUAAAGCCGCGGUUCCUCACUCAGCUGGUCUUUGUCCAAUUGAAACAGAAGGAGAGUGCUGCCAGUUGUUCCCUGAACAUAGCCAGCACACAGCUCGAGAAGCAGCACAACAGCAACAUGAAAAUGACACAAAUUCCCUUAUUGUUUCUCCUUGCUGCCGCCUGUUCGCCAGCCCUCUGUGGCACAGAGGAGCAGCCUGUCCUCCAGCCCGAGGCCCCGGUUGAAACGCGUUCCCGCUUUGCUGCUCUGGAUGAUGUGCGUCUCCUGGCAAAUGGCCUCCUCCAGCUGGGCCAGAGCCUGCGGGAGUUUGUGCAGAAGACAAAGGGACAGAUAAAUGACAUCUUCCAGAAGCUCAACAUCUUUGACAAUUCCUUUUACCAGCUGUCCGUGUUGGCCAGUGAAAUCAGAGAAGAAGAGGAGGAGCUGAAGAAGACCACCGUGGUACUGAAGGCCAACAACGAGGAGAUCAAGGGCCUGUCGGUUGAGAUCAACUCCAAAGUGGACAGCAUCCUGCAGGAGAAGGGUCACCUGCAGAACAAACUGGAGGUCCUGGAAGAGAAGCUGGGAAGUCUGUCACAUGGCCUGCUGACGAGCAGACAGGCGGCAGAGAUCAACAGCCUCAGGGAGGUGAUCCACAGCCAGGAGCAGAGCAUCACAGAGCUGCUGAAUGCUGUGAGGGAGCAGAGUGACCAGCUCAACCACCAGAGGGUUAAGAUCAAGAUUCUGGAGGAAAAGCUUACAGCCAAUACUUUGACCCAACAAACCAUGGAGAGGAUUCCCGGAGCCUUGGACAGUGAAGCACCAACGCUCGCCCCUUAUCUGACCUCAAGCUCUACCAGCUCUGCUGAAGUGAUGAAUCUGCCAUCAGACUGCAGUGAGCUGUUCAACAGAGGAGAACGAGUCAGCAGCGUCUAUGCCAUCAGACCCCGCGGAGUAGAGCCCUUCAUGGCCUUGUGUGACAUGAGAAGAGACCAUGGAGCAACAGUCAUCCAGCGACGGAGGGACGGCUCUGUGAAUUUUGAUCAAACCUGGGAGAAGUAUGAACAUGGGUUUGGAGAUUUACAGGGGGAGUUCUGGCUGGGUCUCAGGAAGAUCCACUCUCUAGCUGCUCAGGGCAACUCUGUCCUUCACAUCCAGCUGGAAGAUUGGAAACAAGUUAGACACUUCAUCGAAUACCGAUUUUACCUUAAUGGUCCAGAGAGCAACUACACUAUUCACCUCACGCAUUUGUCUGGAGAUUUGUCGGAUCCCAUGAGCAACCACACAGGCAUGAUGUUCUCCACCAAGGACAGGGACAAUGACAACCACCAGGGCUCCAACUGUGCCCGCAACUACACAGGUGGAUGGUGGUUCAACGCCUGCGGAGAAGCCAACCUGAACGGGAGGUAUUUCCACAUGAGGCCUAAGGGGCGUUCAGAGCGUAGGAGAGGAAUUCAGUGGAGGAUGGGCCAAAAGGCUUCUUACACCCUCAAGAUCACACAGAUCUCUGUCCACCCUUUCAUUUCCCUCAGCACCACCUCCUCCACUUCAGCUUCCACUGAGACGGGCAUGUUUCAGUGAUCCUGUACCAACCAGUGAAAAAACUGCAUCAAACAGUGGCCUCUUCAGGAGAGCCUCUGCAACGUUUCAUAUGGGGAACUAUGGUUUAAGAAGGCUUUGGCAGCAAGGAUGAUGUUUCCUUUGAUUGUCAAGUGCUAAGCAGAAACAGCCUAAAGACUUUAUCACUGCUGAUAGUCUCUACUGUAGAGACUACUAUGUAUUAUGAGAUCUAAAAUAUACUGCAAUGCAGUUAGCAGUUGGCAUAAACUCUAUCAUCAGUCACUGUGUCUCAGAGGUCAGAAUUUAUUUAGAAGAAAUUAAAUGAUAUGACGGUAUACGAGCGGUUUUUAUAUUGGGUCACAUUGACUCUCAGUAUACAACAGUGGUUCUCAACAUGGGGGGGAAGGGAACCCUUGAGGAGGGUCACAAGACACAGUAUAUCUAAGGGCAUCCUGAGUAGACAUCACUUCAUUUUGAGGAGGUCCACAACAAUAAAGGUUAGAAACUUCUGUUAUAGAUAUUGCUCAUCUUUUCUUUACAUACUUUGUUUUUGAUACAUUUUCUACAUUUUAUCUAUCUAAAUAAAUCAAAUUAUGAUGGUGAUUUGCUAAUGCUAGUGUUCAUUUGGGUGUGAAUAUCCAUAGCUGAAAAUGUAAUGAAAAUGUUUUGAUUAAGCAUUUUUUUUUUUUUUUUUUUGCUGCAAAAUUGUUUUCUCUUUUAUUGUCAUUUACUUAGAUAGUGUUGGAACAACCUUAUGUUGCAAGAAAUGUAAUAUCUGUAGGUGGAAAUUGAUUUUCCUGAUCAAACUCUAACUAAAGACAAACUUUUAUAAUGUCCCAUUUGCUAUUAUGGGCUGUAGUGCUGGCUUUGAUCAGGCACAGAAUGACCAGUUUAUGUCAACAGAGGUUUGGCUCAGAGUAAUGUGAACCUUGAAUCUAAAUCACUAACUCUGUUUUGAUGGUAAAGUCUAAUAAAUGAAUGACUAAUGCAUCCUCAUGCUAGUACUACAAAUUAAAACUUAGUUGCACUGG